AUGGAACUGGAGAAGAACAGCAGUGUUCAAAGCAAAACAGGGCUCUUCGUUCAGACCUCCCAUCUUUUGUCUUACUCUGAGACAGUUGAGCACACUCUGGUCAGGGACCUUGCAGCAGAAGUUAACCAUUCUGUUUUUGGUCAGGCAUGUUCCGUAAAUGUCUCGGAAUUAAAAUUGUCAGAGGAAAGCUUACCUUAUUUAAGUUCAUCUUUAGAUGCAGACAUUGAAAUGUAUAAUAAAGAGAGAACAACAGUUUGCUGUGCAUGUGGAGAUAAAAGUGAGAAAGAAGCUUGUAUGUUGGGAACAGCAUGCAACGAUACACAUCUUAUUUGCAGGGUUAGUGAGGAUUACAGACAAAGUGAUUUAGGUGAAGAUUCACAGCUGGAGUAUCUCAGUGCUGAUGAGCAAGAUUAUUAUGAUAGGAAUAGCUCAAGUGAGUUCUGUAAGCAAAUGAAAACUGUAGGAAUCAAAACUUUGAAGUUAAUAGAUCCACUUCAUGAAGCUCCAGGGAAUGGAGUCACAAAGGAGCAAAAUCUUGUUAACCUAUUAGAAGGCUGUUCUACUACCUGUAAAUAUUGCAUAGGUGAUCAGAUCUGCAUAGAAGCAGCUGUGCCAGAACUUCCUCAAGCAUUUCAGGACUGUCUGUCUCUGCCAGCUUACAAAGACAUGAGUUGUGAUAAUGAAGACCAAACAGAGUAUCAUAGCUUUCUUUAUGAAAGUACACUUGAAAGGCAUACUUGUGGGAGCAAAGAAAAGGUUUAUCCAAGUGCAUUGAUACAUGACAGUUUAGAAGAUGAAAAGAUGGAAUACACUCCUUUGACUGAUGGCACACAGUCAAUCCAAGUGGCUGUAAAUGAAAAACUAGUCGAAAAGAAUGAUAGACGUAUUCAUGGCAUCUGCAUGAAGCAAGAAAAUCCUUCAUUUUCACCAAAGGAAAGGUGUCCUGCAGCAGCCAUGCAAUUUUGCAGAAGUGCAGGUGAGACUAAUUCUUACAGAUGUGAUGAAUCUAUUGUGUGUGCACUUAGUUCCAGCUGUGUUGACUGUGCUCGGAAGGAUGUUGAAACCCAGUGUCCAGUUCCUGAAAUUCAUGCUGGAGAGAAUCCCUUGUUUGAGCUGGAAGUUGUAGAUAAGUCUGGUGGAAGCACCAGCUAUCUGAACCUGGAACUGAGGUGUUGUGCAGACUUGAAUGAUGUUACCAGUGACUCUAAAGUUACCAUUAACCAGACUGUUGAUGCAAGUUCUGAUUUUAGAGCUUGCUUUACAACAAGUAGAGCUACCAGCGCUCAGGCUUGUCUGGUAUCCAGGGCUGUUAAUACAGAGAUAACAAUGAUGAACAAAUCCAGACCUGUGGAAUGGCGCCGUGAAACCUGUGCAGAUGUUGCUUGCAAUACCGACUGGUCAUGUGUAUCUGGUGGUGCAGAAGACUUUUGGCCACAGGUUACUGACGUAUUGGAAAAGCGUUUAGAUGGCAAUACUGCAGCAACUGAAAGUUCACCAAUUCAGGAUCCAUGGGAAUCACAAAAUGAGCUGUGUAGCAGUGAUUUUAAGAGGAGCACUGACAGGCCCCUACACCUUGACAAACAAACUCUGAAGGAGUCUGCAUCAAGCUACUUCAAAAAAAUACUGCGGAGAGCUAUUGAAGCAGAAUUGCAGAUUCUGAAGAUUCAUUAUCAGAUGUGUUGCCAUCACUGCUUGAAGAUUUACAAACUGAUGAUGGAAGAAGAAAAAUGUUUCAACAGAUGUAAUAAAAAUGGUUUUGCUAACGCUGAACUAAAUUCGUCUCUCCUAUUGGUUUUGGAAGAGCUGAAAAAGAGCUAUGACAGUAUGAAAAAGAAAAUAGAAAUGGGCAUACCACUAGAUACACUUCCCCCUCUAUCAAUUGAGACAAAGUUGUUCCCAUUUUUUUCUUCUUAUGUCCCGUGCAAGGUGUACAGAGAGAAUCUUUGUUAUGGUUCAACUCUAGGUGCAAGAAAAACAGACGUUGAAGAACCAAAACUGCAAGAAAUGGAAAUUUCUGUCAAUGUGGACAGUCCUCAGACAGUACAUUUAACUGAUGGCAGUCAGCCUAGACGCUGUACUUCUUCCAAGACAUUUGAAGAGCACCAUAAACGUCAGGAUAUGGAAUAUGACUGCAGGAAAAAUGAAGAAGUGAAUGAAUACUGGUUUGAUGCUAAAGAGAACCUGACAGCAACAGAUUUUUCACUAACAUUUGAUGAAAAACAAGAUGCAGAUGGUUCAAGAGAACCGAAGAUAAUGGAGAGUGCAAAUGAGUAUUUUUUUAUUCAUGUUGGAGGCUUAAGUUCUUCAGUGUCAGAGGGUGAUUUAAGAUCACAUUUCCAGAAGUAUCAGGUUUCUAACAUUCUUAUCUGUGCGGAUUCUGCUAACCACAGAUACGCAUUUCUUUGCUUUAAAGAAGCUAAUAAAGCAAAGUUAGCUGUAGAAGAAAUGAAUAGAAAAGAAAUAAAAGGAAAGACAGUAAGCGUUGAAUUUAUAAAAAGUGCAUCAGAGAGCAGAUCUUCAGUUUCUCAGAACCUUUUGAAUAAGUUUUGGUAUGAAAUCCAGUCCAAUAACUCUCAAAAAAAUGUUCAAGAUAAAACAUCCACUUUGGCUUCCAAUUCUAUGAAAGCAUCUGCUGCCACCUCUGCUUCUGAGAAAGUACUUCUCCUUCCCACAACUUCAAAAAUUACUCAGGCUACACAAGUCCCUUCAAAAACAAGCCGCCUUGAUCUGUGUUCAUCUACUGAAGGCUCAGAACAUUCUUUGGUUGGAGUUAAUCAACAGGAUACUGGAGAGAAUUGUCAGCAGAAAACAUCUGCGCUUUUCUUCUCUGAUCCAUUUGAUACCUUUAUUCCUCCUAAUACACUGAACUUGAGCAGUUUUACCAAAUUAAUGAAGAAACUUCAAGAAAUUCAUCCAGAGGCUAGUAGGGAAAAAAUUAUAGAUGCUCUGCUGGAGGUGAGAACAAACAAUAAAGGUAUCCUCAGUGGCUUGUCCAUAAAUUCUAUUGUGAAAAGGACCUCUCUCAUUCUAAGGAAAUCCAUGCCCAAGUGUGGCUGCGCCGAGCCGCGGCGGCCCCGCGCCCUGCCCAUGGGCUGCGGGCGGCCCGCGGCGCGCCGGCGGAUGGCUCUGCUGCCGCGGCGCUUCCUCUGCUUCGUGCUGGCCCAUCACUUCAUCGUUGCCACAGCGUGCCACGAAGCCGACUACGGGCAGCUGAUCCGCGACUACUGCCUGAGCCAGUUCCAGGCGAGCAUGGAGGCGCUGGGGCCACGGCUCUGGUGCGACUGGGAGGAGACCCUGGGCACCUACGGCGAGCUCACCAACUGCACGGCGCUGCUGGCCGAGAAGCUGGCCUGCUACUGGCCCAACCGCCUGGUGGACGAGUUCUUCGUGGCCGUGCACCGGCGGUACUUCGGGAGCUGCCCGCUGGCGGGCCGGGCGCUGCGCGACCCGCCGGCCGCCCUGCUCGCGCCCUUCAUCGCCCUGCCCGUGCUCGCGGCCCUGCUGGCGGCCGCCCUCGUCGUCUGGCGCAGCAAGCGCGGCGAGGGCCUCGCGUAGGGCCGGCCGCCGCCGCGGGACCGCCGGCGCCGCGGUUGACGACGGUGACGCGGUGCUUUUCCUUAAAUAAAGGCGGUCCGAAAAGGA